GAGUCACACGGUAUAAAUACGUCGGCUUGUCCAGCCGUAAAGUUUCUCUGGACCCUCAAUUCAAAUGCCAGCUGGAGACUGGACAAGCGCUUGAAAAGAAUAACAAUGACAAGGUGAAACAUUUCCACGCCGAUCUCCAUCAUGGACUCAACGCUUUGAAAUCCGACACAGCUCACGGGAAUCAAAUUAAAGGUCGAAGCCAAGUAGAGGCAGGGCUGAAGUCGCAAUUCACUUUACUUGAGACUUCGACAAGCAACCUGCAACCUGCCGUCCCUGCCUCCAAGGUGCCUUUCAAUAUGGUGACACGCAAAUCACACAGUGUACAGUAAGCCAGAGGAAAGUCGCGGACAUUACGCUUUGCAUCGCUUCACUUUCAAGCAAAUCUCAUCUCACACGCUCUGAGCACAGCGGCAGCCUGCUGGUGUAGUCAUGCAUCUAGAGGUGAAGGUUGCGCUCAACUUUAUCGUGUCCUAUUUGUACAAUAAGCUACCUCGGCGUCGUGCUGACCUCUUUGGCGAGGAGCUUGAGCGGAUCCUGGUAUCUCGCUUUGAGGGUCACUGGUACCCCGAGGCCCCUCUUCGUGGCUCUGCGUUCCGCUGCCUGCACCUGGGAGCCCCGAGAGACCCUGUUGUGGAGCUCGCCGCCAAGAGAAGUGGACUGGAUACGGAGGAGGUGCGUGCAAAUGUCCCUGCGGAGCUCAGUGUGUGGAUUGACCCCUAUGAGGUGUCCUACCAGAUUGGAGAGAAGGGGGCAGUGAAGGUGCUGUACCUGGAGGACCCACUAGGUCUCAGCUGUGAUGGUGAGCGCCCUGAAGGGCUAAUGAGAGAGGUUAAAGGAGAUUCUGAGUUAGAGGAAGCCAAGAGUCUGGGCUUCAAUCCAGACGCUCAGGUGUUUGUUCCAGUCGGAAGCCAGUUAUCUCCUUCCCUCAUGCCGCCGCUCACCAGUUCUCCCACGCCGCCGUCUGUCCAGCCUGGCCCCACACUCUUCAAGUACCCCACCUCCAGCUCACCUGCGGACCCCGCCGCCCACUCCUCCAACACAUCCACCCCUUCUCCUCCCACCAGUGGGAUACCCUACCUCGCCGCUCAGCAGCCCCCCUCCUCCCUCCCCGCAGCCCGUCCUCAACCCAUCACCUUCACUACAGCCGCUUUUGCCGCCACUAAAUUUGGCUCCACCAAAAUGAAGAAGUGCAGUGCGGCCGGGUCAGCGGGGGCUUCCAGCGUCACCGUCGGAGUCCCGCCUGUCCAGAGGAUGCUUUCCCACUCUCCCACCGCCAUCUUGGCUCCAGAGAUGCUGAAGCACAAAUCGCUCUCUCUCUCCAUGCACUCACUUGUAGGUCCCAUGCCCAGCCAGCUCUCCCCCAAUGCCAAAGAGUUUGUCUACCCAGGAUCUCAGAGCCCUCUUUACUUUGAUGCUGACCCCCAGCCCUUGCAAGCUCACGCAAGCCGAUUACAGCCCCCCCACAGUGUCAGCACCCACCCAUCCUUUGACCCUUUCUCCAGUCCUCCCCCUUCCCAGAGUAUGGGCAUCAUGGGCACCAAUGGUGAGAUAUCCUACAUGGAGAAACCUCAAUUUGUUGAGGGUUUAGGGAGCUACAACCUGCAAUAUCCAAGUCAGUCCUUCCAGCCUGUUGUGUUGGCCAACUAAGCCUUUGUCAAGAACUGGCCCGGGCGCUCCAGAUGAUUUUUUUUUAACAAACUGUCCUAAUACUAAUGCAAGCUAAUACUUAGAUUUCCUACAGAGAUUUAAAAGCGUAGCUUUCCUACAGAGAUUUAAAGAUACUGUACCCUCUCAUUAUCUCAUGGUAAGUUUUGUUUUUGUCAUCACAUUCUGCUUUGAAUUUAUCAUUGCCAUUGUUGGUCAUUAAUGAUAACUAACCUAAUGGAUGCGGACUGUGGUAAAGCUCCAGUUUGCACGUCACGCUGUGGAAAAAGGACCUAGCCAAGUAUUGUACUUUGCGCUGCAAUCUGUUCCUACAGAGCUGGCUAUUGGGGGUGGGGGUUUGGAAGAGCUGUGCCGUCUGUGCUUGCAUGUGUUGUGAUGUCGUGGCUCAAUGUGAUCUGGAAACGUAUUGCGUGAUGGGUGCCUGCGCAUGCCGACGUCACAGCAGUCAAUACCGAAACUGUUUAUCGUCAGCCAGAAUGCGCCCACGGUGUGUUUUGGAGAUGGAGUGAUCAAAUAGGAGAGCUUAAUUCAGCUAUCAAGAGAAAUUGCAGAAGGGAAGGUCGCGGAAACCUCUGCGAGGCAAAGAAAGAAGACUGCGCUCACGUGCUGAUGCCUGCAAGUCAUGUGCACUGGCGUACAUGUAGACCUUAUACAAUCUGCACACAGCUAAAUGCACAUAUACACGUUACCAGUCAUCCGAGUGUGAAGGUGAACAGGCAGCGAAAUGCGGUUGGGGGAUGGUAUUCAGCAGUAACGCCGAAGAGAUUUUAAUAAAUGGCUUGGUGUGACUUUGAGGAUGUAAGAGUGCUUUUCCUCAGCAUGGAAAAGAGGAGCAAAGAAGGCAGCAAGUGGGCUGCAUUGCCUCAAUGGCGUCCGGUGUUUAUUGACUUUGAGAGAGACAUUUUUAAAACCCAGAACGCGUUGCUAGUGAGUUUAAAUGGUAUUGAAACGAAAGGCUAACACUAUUCUGCCCCUCCUUGAAAUGUUUCAGUGCUGAGGGAGAGCAGAGAAAGGUGAAGCUGGUUCUUUUCUCCUGGUUGUCAAGUGGACAUCGAUGAAUGUUCUUUAUUGAUGGCAGGCUGCUGUUGCUAUUUUAAGGUAGUCACAGCUCUUCAAGUCUGUUUGUUAUGACAAAAUGGUCAAUUUGAGCACUUUAUUAAGCGGACGGAGCUCCAGUUCUCAUGGCUCACAGAAUUUAACCUCCAUGAUUUUCUUUUUUUUUUUUUUUUUUUUUUCCUACAUUUCAUUUCAUUUAACGAGAUGGUAACAUUUCAAAAGUGUAUUGAAGAUGUGGAAAUUGAGUCUGUUUGUCCAUUUAAUGUUUUUCUAGACAAAGAUAUGUAUUCAUGUGUUUUGUACCCGAGGACCCUUAACUGUUUUUUCAUCCUUUCACACCCCUCCUGGGGAAUGUGGAGGGAAAUAUGGAUUUGUUUUUGUUCUGUAAUUUAAAAAAAAAAAAAAAAAAAAAAAAAAAAAAGACUUGAUAGUUCUAUAUAUUUUUGUUUUUGCAAACUAUUAAUUAUGAAGGCCGAGAAAAUGUAAAUAUAAAGUUCUUAUGUUCAGAUUCUUUGUUUAGUUUCUUACAUCCUGAAGUUAUUUUUGCAGAGAUUAACCUGAAUAUAUGCAAACUGAGAGUAAAAAUAAAUAGAAGUAUUACAAUUAUGUACAGAGUUCAUUAUUGAAUGUGUAUUGUACCUUGUACAGCAGCAGUCUAUGAGAGACUGGUAAAUGUAUUAAAGCUGGGUUUUGAAAAGGUGAAUGUUUACAAAAGAUGGUUCAAAUCACUGUCCUCCUCCUAGCUGCAAUCUGAAAACACAAAUUCCCCUAGAACUCGCGAUAUAGAUGAAUUUAUAUGCAAUUUUGCAAGAUGGAACUAUUAGUACAAAGUUGGCCCCUGAUUAUUAUCAAUUAAGACUAACCUUGACCUAUUCCCCCCCCCCCCCCCCUUUAAGUGUGGCCCUCUGGUCUCCAUGAUAUAGCCAUAUCCCGGAGUGUCAUUACUUACACAGAUCCUGGAUCACCCUUGUCAAGUGCAAUGUAAGGCCAUAAUUCGAAAGACCCUGCAGUGGGUUUCUACCUCUCAUCUCCCUGAAUAGCAUCGCAGUAUUUUGGUCUCUUCUAAAUAGGAAAGAUGAAGGAAACGAAUGUUGUACUCUUAAGCCCCGGUUGAGAUGGCCCGCGGAACCCCAACUGGGAUACCUGCAUAUUUUACUGCGCUUAAAAGAACUCCAAAUAGGGUGUGCAUAUAAAAUUUAGAACGAUUGGAUUGUGUGUGCUUGAAAUAACCCAUUUGAAAAGCACCCCAAACUCUUAAGUGCAGGCCAUCCUACAAUCGCGGUUGAAGACAAACAAGGGUUUGUAUUCUGAUGUUCUUUGCUUAUGUUGUUUUAUUUUGCACUUUGGAAUAUUUCAUUAUGAAAGUAAAUUUUCUAUGUGACAACAUUAAAAUGUAUAAUUAAAACAUACAAAUAGUUAUUUCCUUUCCUGACUAUUUUUUAUUUUUUCCUAUUUUUGUAUCAAAUCUGUACACCUUAUAGAUGUUUAACAAGUCUUUCACGCAAUGACCUGUUUUCUUGGAAUGGGGCAUUACUACUGCAGUUUAUAAUUGUAUCAGAUUUCUUUUUUAGGUUUGUAAUAAAAAGACCAGUAAGCAUGGAAAAUAA